UCCAAUCAUCUGCAUUGCCAUCGUGUCACUCUCUAGUCUAUAUAUUUGCUCUUCUGCCAUCCAUAUAUAUGAUCAUCUCACCCUAACCAAUGACCCUUACAUACAAAAUCCAGAGAGCAUGCCAAUGCAACAAAGAAUUUACUAUUAGCACCAAGAAAACAAUUUACUGCUGAUCAGACCGAGACAAUGAUGAUGCCCAGCGGCGCCAUUGACAAAAGCAUCAGCCACAUCCUAGGUGGCCUGAUGUUCUCAGGCCUCGGCCUAUGGCAUCUCUUCAACCACAUCAGGCUCUUCGUCUCGCUUCCCUCAACAUCCUCCUCAUCCUACGUCGCGCCGGCAUGGUUCCCGGCGCCACGAGUCCGCCACCUGGAGCUCAUCGUCAUGCUCGCCGGCGGCGUCUACGGGUUCGCCACCCAGAUGCUGGCCUACUCGCCGAUGCCCUUCAACGCCGACGGCUCCAUCCCGCCGGAACGCCUGCCGAACCACGAGCACGCCAUCAUGUACGCCUCGCUCCUCGUCUACGCCGGCUCCGCCAUCUACCUCGACCGCCACCGCCACCGCCACCGGCACACGACGCUCUGCAUGCUCCUCCUGGCGGCGGUCUUCGCGCAGGAGCUGUUCGUGUUCCACGUCCACUCCACGGACCACGCGGGCGUCGAGGGCCGGCUCCACUGGUUCCUGCAGGCCGCCGCGGCGACGUGCCUCUCCACCGCGCUCCUCGGCGCCGCCGGCGGUGGUGGUGGGCUCCCCGCGGAGGUUCAGUUCGCGGUGAGCCUCGUCCGGUCCGCGUCCCUCGCGUUCCAGGGGCUGUGGGGCGUCGUCAUCGGCGUCGUGUGGAUCCCAGGGAUGGCUCCCAAGGGCUGCUUCCUCGACGACGGUGGCGUCAACCUGCGCUGCCACGGCGAGGACAGCCUGCACCACGCCGUGGCUGUCGUCAACCUGCAGUUCGGAUGGUGCUUCGUCCUCGUGACGGUGUUGGUGCUCGGGGUUUACGUGUACGUGUGCAAAAUGUACACAGCUGGAGAUGGGGAGGUAUACGGGCGGCUGCCGGAAGAGGAAGCUGGAGACGAGGACGACCACCACCACGACAUGAAGACACGCAACUGUAAGCUGGCGGUGCACGACGUGCAUGAGUUCAUGUCCAUGGAGAUCGACGUCUAAAUUAACUAGGAGCAUACACCGCGCGUUGUUGCGCGAAUUGCGGAUUAAUGGAUUGUGUAGUAUGAUGAUGUAGACUAUACUUAUUUGUCUUGUUGACGUGAAGACUACAGUUGUCAUGUAUGCUAUUGGAUUUUAAUUGUAUAUGUGGUGGUGCAUUGCAUGUUGAGAUAAAUAGUUAUUAAGGUUUUACUUAGUGGGUUUUAA